AUGGCCUCCGUUAACGACGUUACCUCUGCUCUCCAGGCUCUCAGCGUCUCGGCUGAUGUCAAGUCCCAUGAGGCUGUGAACAACGCCGCUACUUGGCGCGUUGCUUUGGGAUCUGUGGAGGGAUUGCCGGAGUACCUCUUGACCAAGACCCUCGCGUUGAAGCCCAAGACUCCGAAGUCUCAGACCGCAAUCCCCAUCAUCCUCUUCGCGCUCGAUGACACCGAGACUCCCUCCGCUGCCGUCUGCAAGGCCGUCGGCGCCAAGGAGGCUCGUAUGGCCGCUGCCGACCUCGUCCAGUCCACCCUCGGCGUCUCUGUUGAGGCCGUCUCUCCCUUGUCCAUCACCAAGGAGAACGCUGCCGCCGUCGAGGUCGCUCUCGACUCCCGCAUCGCUGCUGCCACCGAGAAGCUCGCUAUCCACCCUGCCGCCUCCGACAAGACCAUUUUCAUCUCCGCCGCCGACUUGAAGAAGUACCUUGAGGAGACUGGUGUUAAGGUUACCGAGGUUGACUUUGCUGCCGCCAAGGCCCAGGGUGCCGCCGUUGGAAAGCCCGAGGCCAAGAAGGCCCAGGAGAAGGCCCCUAAGGAGGAUGCUAAGAUCGAUGGUGCUGCUCUCAUUGGUAUCACCACCAAGAAGGACGUCGAUUUCUCCGGAUGGUACCAGCAGGUGUUGACCAAGGGUGACAUGCUCGACUACUACGACGUCUCCGGAUGUUACAUUCUUAAGCCCGGAUCGUACUCUGUCUGGGAAGCCAUCCAAGGCUGGUUCGACUCCGAGAUCAAGAAGUUGGGUGUCGAGAACUGUUACUUCCCUCUCUUCGUUUCCUCGCGAGUACUGGAGAAGGAGAAGGACCACAUCGAGGGUUUCGCUCCCGAGGUCGCAUGGGUCACUAGGGCUGGUCAAUCAGAGUUGGAGGAGCCUAUCGCUAUUCGUCCUACGUCCGAGACUGUGAUGUACCCUUACUACGCCAAGUGGAUCCGUUCCCACCGUGAUCUUCCCCUUAAGCUCAACCAAUGGAACUCUGUCGUCCGAUGGGAGUUCAAGAACCCCCAGCCUUUCCUCCGUACUCGUGAGUUCUUGUGGCAGGAGGGUCACACCGCUCACCUUACCCACGACGAGGCUGCCGAGGAGGUCUACGCCAUUCUCGACCUUUACCGCCGUGUGUACGAGGAGUUGUUAGCUGUCCCUAUGAUCAAGGGUAUUAAAUCCGAGAAGGAGAAGUUCGCCGGAGGUCUCUACACCACCACCGUCGAGGGCUUCAUCCCCACCACUGGUCGUGGUAUCCAAGCCGCCACCUCCCACUGUCUCGGACAGAACUUCUCCAAGAUGUUCGGAAUUAACGUCGAGGACCCUAACCAGAAGAAGGAGGAAGGAAAGGAGGCCGCGAAGAUCGAUGUUUGGCAGAACUCUUGGGGAUUGUCAACUCGUACCAUCGGUGUCAUGGUCAUGACCCACGGAGAUGACAAGGGAUUGGUGUUGCCCCCGCGAGUCGCACAGACGCAGGUCGUCAUCGUUCCUUGCGGUAUCACCGCCAAGUCCACCGACGAGGACCGCGCACGGAUUAACAACGCAUGCAAGGACCUUGCUGCGCAGUUGGUGUCGAUGGGCGUCAGGGCUAAGGCCGAUGUUCGUGACAUCUACUCCCCUGGAUACAAGUUCGCGCACUGGGAGCUCCGGGGUAUUCCUCUCCGUCUUGAAAUCGGUCCUAAGGAUUUGGAGAACAAGUCUACUCUCUCCGUUCGUCGUGACACUGGCGUCAAGGCUUCCAUCGCUAUGGACGAGCUCGCUACCGCUAUUCCUGCCCUUUUGGAAACUAUCCAGAAGGACAUGUUCACCAAGGCUCAGUCCACCUACCACUCCCGUGUCAAGGAGGUCACCGAAUGGAAAGACUUCGUCCCCGCUCUCGACGCCAAGUGUGCUGUCCUUAUCCCCUGGUGCGAGGCUGAGGCAUGUGAGGACUCCAUCAAGGAGGAAUCCGGAAAGAGACCCGAGGGCGAGGUCGUCGAUGACAAGGCUCCCUCGAUGGGUGCGAAGAGUUUGUGUAUCCCGCUUGAGCAGAAGCCCUUGCCGGAGGGUGCUAAAUGUGUUGGAUGUGGUGUUGCGGCGAAGAGGUGGGGAUUGUUUGGUCGUUCGUACUAG